UCUGUCCAGUCAGCUUGCUGGAAAGGGACAUGUGCAGGUCCCUCGGCGGAAGGGUCAGUGAGCACCCUCCGGAUGUGCCAAACAGUCGGUGGUUGGCGGUUCGGAGUCCCGUUUGCACUCUUAUAGGGGACUGCGUGCUUAGCAGCCCCCUUGCAGUCGACGAAGGCGACGUUYCGGGCGUGGGUUUUGGGACCUUGUACUCGAGUUACGGGGGACUCUCUGCACACGCUUUGGGUGGUUUCCAGUUUGCRAGGGAUGGGCGAGUCGUGCUUUGGUGGUCGAGAGAAGAUUUUUGCGGCGCCGUUCGGGUCCAUGGUCGUCUCUCUCGGAGGGCUUCUUUCACGACAGCUCGGUCAUCGUUGGGGGCGGUCGCGGCUGUCGGGGCUUUCCUAUGCCGUGGUGCCGGGUUGUGGAUCGUUGCGUUCACCCUCGCUCAUCGUCUUGCGAUGAUUGGCGCCUGAUCGCCGACGGCGGUCCGGUUGGCGGUYGUUUGCAGGGUGUGGAGGCGGAGGUGCCCGUCACCGACUCUCAGCUUCGGCACCAUCGUCCCGUAGGUUAUGGGGAGAGCUGUUGCGGCUCUGUUGUGGUGUCGUCUUCGUGUCCGCACUCACAACGGCUCGUUCCGUUUGUGUUGAGGGGGUGUCACGACUUGGUGAGGAUGCUCUGCGCUCUUCGCCAUCCGAGCGGCGCCAUUGAGCGGUGGCGCAGGUGGCCUCGGCCGUCCACGCGCUGCUUACCGUAUGCGAGGGCGAAGACUUGUGGGAUGCGUGAUGCGCCCUCCGACGGCGUCGCGAGGCUGGGCCCGUCAUCCGCCCGACUUUUUGGAAUGCGCGCUUGUGCCCGUCGUGUCCCCCAUCCUGGUCUCGGUAUGCUGCACACCGUGACGGAUCACGUUGCGUCGUGGUUCCGCUGCGUUUGGGUUGUGGGCUUCGAAGGCUUACUGUCCUUUGUGUCCUGGGUUUCGCCUGCGUCGAGUGCUGUUGGUGGUGCCCGCGGCAACCGGCGGGGGAUGGAGGAUAAGGUGGAGGGAACUGAGCAGCAACCGGUGGCCAAGUCGGCAACCCUUGUGGAACAGGAGCGUAGGGCCUACGGGCAGCCGACCCCGACUGAUACCCAAGUACCGGAGAUGGGGAGUAUGGUGGCGGGGACUGAUCAGCAACAGGGGGAUAAAGGGAUACCUCGUGUGAUGCAAGAGCAACGGGUGCACCCACCAGGGAUGGAGCGUGAAGAGGAGGGGGUUGCGAAGCACAUAUCGGUUACCCCCCCGGAGGAGCGGGCACGGUGGGCGUGUGUGGUAAAGGAAAAGGCAAACUCUGGUGUGGAAUGUCACCGGGAAGGGAAAGCGUGCGUCCCUGAAUUGGAUAGGGAAUGGGAGCGGGGGGAGACGAGUGGAGGACGGGCGGAUGAGGCCCAGUCACUGUCCCACCCCCCGGAGGAGGAUGCUGGCAAGGUGGAGAAGGGGGUCGCAAAGCAUACACCGGAGGAGUGGGAACGGGGGGUGGAUGUAGUGAAGGAAAAGGUAAAUUCUGAAAUGGAGUAUCACCGGGAAGGGAAAGCGUGCGUGCCUAAACUGGGUAGGGAGUGGGGGCGGGGGGAGACGAGUGGAGGACGGGCGGACCCCCCCCCGGAGGAAGAGAUAUUGGUGGGGAAGGGGGAGGAUAGAUUUGAUGAGCAAGCACUUCGGGUUCGGGGGGAGAAGAUAGGGCAAACCAAGGAGAUGCUGUGUGAGCCUGGGGGGGAAUGUGAGCAGAAGGGACAGGUGGGGCUGGAUGAAAUCAGGCCCGGGAAAGUGCCGGAGGACAUUAAUGAGGCAAAUGGGUGGUCGAAUGAGGAGGUAGUGGAAUCUUCGGGACGGUUGGAUAAAGAGGGGGGUGGGGGGAAUAGAACGGAAAGCACGCUAGGGGGGAAGGUGGGGGAGAGUGAGAUGCUCCCAGGGGGAGGGCAGACACGGGGAGCAGAUAAGCAAGUGCUGCUCGACACAGACAGGAAGGUCGGGGAGGAGGAGACGUUGAGGGGGAAUAGCAAGGCAUGUAUGCCUGAAGGAAAGAAUGGGGUGAGUGAGGCGAUUCAAGGGGGAGGGCAGGAACGGGAAAGGAUGGGAGAGAGUGGUGGGAAGGAGAAGGUGGGCGGGGGGGGGAAGGGAGGAAAAGGAUGGGUCCGGGGUUAUCGGGGAAUGGAGAACCACCUCUGGGGCAGCAGCAGGAAUGCUGGCUCCUUAUCCCUUAUGGUCGUACAGAAACGGGUGUGGAGUCAACAAAUGUGCAUAUCCUGGUCCAGGGGGACGCAAAAGAAGGUGAAUCGGGUGACGUGGAGGUGGUGGACCUUGCAGCUAGCCUGUCGGCCCUCUCCCCCCCCCCCCCCCCCCCCCCCUCCUCCCCCUUCCCACAAAUGUGAGCCCACUGCUGUAUCAUCGGACAGUGGAUCGGUGGGCAUGCCGAGACGUCGGCGGAAGCAGUUGACCACGGGACCACCCAUAUCGAGCUCUGCGAAGGUAGGAAUUUCCUUACAGCAAGCAGCAGGGGAGAUCCAGUCCGAUCGGGAAGAGGCGCGACGCGAGCUGCAGGCACAGGCGGAUGCAGAAUCGAAGAGGCGGGAUCGGUCCCGCUCCCCGGCUGGCCGUAAGGUGCAGCCGCUUAAGGAUGAGGACCGAUGGGUGUCCCCGCAGCGAAGACGCAUUGACGAAGAGGAGUUGCAGAAUAAGGUGACCGAGAUGGGGCUGGCGGAAGGCAGGGAGGAUGCGCAAACCCGCCAGCCUGCCCCGGAUUUGGAUGAGCCCAUGAUAGGGGAUGAAGGUGGGGACUCGACGGAUGACAGGGGCGGAUCGAGGGAUGAGGACAUGGAUCUCAAUGAGGGGAUGGAAGCAAACAUGGAUAUUACUACAACGGUGAAGGGAUCGCUACAGGAAAUAUUAGCUGCUGGGGAGUGUUAUGUCUGCCCGGUGAUGCUAUGGUGGGCGGAGCAAGGCAUAAAGGUGGUCACGAAAGGCAAUACGGAAUUCUUCGUCUAUGCGGCGCGCUCCCUCCCCAAGAACCCGAAUAUUAUCAGACAAGUCAGUCGUUGGGUGGGUCCCAACUAUAGAGUGAAAGUGCUUCCCAAAGUCUCGGUGGGACGCUUUUUCAGACAACUGCGAGGGGGGACGGAGUACGGGGUGUUGGUCUUUUUUACAUCCAUCACCCCCCGACGAGCGGGCUCUCUGACUUUGGCUCACAAGGAUGCUACUUGGACGAAGUUGGAUCAGGUCUUUGGCCCCCCUGCCAGCCCCGACUGACUAUCGGAUUGUCAACGAGUUUACGGCAGGGAUAUUGGCCAAAGUCAAUUCUAUGCUACCUAUGAACCAGCGUCUGGGAUCGGGGAACUUUACUGAAGCUAAAG